AGAAUAACAAAAAAGAAUAAGAUCAAAUUAGAUACAAAAAAAAAUAAAGAAUUGUAUGUGGGUUGUAAUUCGUUACAAUUUUUUUUUGACACUUCCAAUAAAAUGUCAAAAUUGCGGUGAUUCGAUGUGUCAAGAAUGAAAAAUAUAAAAGAAAAAUUUUAUUAAUUUUACUAUUAUUUUCUAGCUUUCAUAUUAUAAUAGUAUUUUAUUUUGAAAAACAAAAAUAUUUUAUUUAUUUUUUCUUAAAAAAGAAAAAAUUUCUCUGUGAAUCUGUAAUUUUUAUUCUAAACAAUGCUAAAUUAUUAAUUUGAAAAGGAAAAAAAAUUAAGAACUAUAAUAAUAUCUAUAUAUUUCUUUAACAAAACUGUUCAUUAUGCACUCUAGAAAUUCCGAAGGGCAGGAAAGAGGAAAGGGAGUUUAAUCGAAGCAGAAAACAGUGUUUUUAUGCAGCUAUAAAUAGUAAUGUAAUUGACUGCAUUUAAAGUUAGACCGUGUUUUCAAAGUAACUGGCAAACUUGAUAUUUCCGAUUAUAACGCAAUUAAAUGUUUGUGACUACUACUCUCCCGUUUACUUAUUUUUUUCAGUAAUGAAAAUUAUUUAGGAAAAAAGACAAGAAAACUAAAAAAGGAAAGCGAAUAAUAAAAAAUUUAAAAAAAAUAAUCAAAAAAUUAUUAAAUAAAAACUUUAAAAUAAGAAUGUAAAAACAAAACCAAAAAAAUUCUACAGGGUAAUUCACCAACAAGUUAGGAGCCAUAUACCAUCGGGGAAAGAAUCGAAAAUGAGUAAAAUUUUUGUUUUUAAGAUAAUUCGGCUUGUAACUUCCGCUCCAAAAUUUCGGAAAAAAAAAAAUGAAAAAUAGUCAUAAUUUUUUGAAUUUACAUAUUUUAUUAAGGUCUUUGAAAACUGGACAUAGAAAAGGUUUUUUUGCUAUAUUUCCUGUAUAAUAAAAGAUAUUUUAACUGUUAAUGACCUAAAUUAAAACUUAAGCAGCUAGGCAAAAUUUUGUAAAAAAAUUUUUGCAAGCUUAAAAAAAUUCAUUAGAAAUUGUCGGGACAAAAAAAAAAAAUAAAAGGUAAGGAAAAGUGGAAUUUUCCUAAAUUUACAAUGCCGAAGACCCGCUGCUGUUUAUUUAAAGCCUUCUUAAACCUCUUUUAAAAACUAUUUGUUUGAAACUUCUUCCUUUUUUGGAUGGGAGUUAUCUUCUAUCUUCAAAUUUUCUAAAAAUCUCUGUGGUUCGGAAACGGUUUCGAUUUAAUGCUAAGCUCCGAACAAAAAUUUUACUCCUUUUCGACCCUCUACCCGAUGGUAGAUGGUAUGGCACUUGUUGGUGAAUCACCCUGUGUAUAUUAUUUCAUAAUUCUAUUGUUUUUCUAUUUUUAAUUUCGAUUAUAUUUCCUAUCUAUUGGUUUUUCUCGUUACUUUUGAAGAACUUAUAAAAAUUUACAACAAAAGUACGGUGUACUCAUGUAAAUACGCAGUAAAAAAAUCGUAAUUUUAUUUUGUGGUCUUAAAUUAAACAAAAAAAAAGUUUUACGUAAAAAAAAGUUAAAUAAGUAUUUGAAAUAAUUAUGAAAACAAAAAAUAAAAUUGUGAUAACUUAUUAGUUCACAACGCCGCCGUCAUAUUUUAAAAAUUAUUUUUGUGUAAAAUUUACGCUAAUAUUUUUGUUCCACGCCCUUCUUAAAUGAAGCUGUAGAUACUUUUUUGGUCAUGAUGUAGACUUAUUUCGAAAAAAAAGUUUUUAGUAUUAGGUACUUACGCAAACUGAACAGUUUCGUAAAAUCGAAAGAAAAUAACUAGUGGAUCCUACCAGUAAAAUAAAACAAAUGUAACCAAAGUAAUAUUUGGAGAAGUUUCGACCUUUGGUGCAGAUUUUCUUCCGUCGUUAUUCUCCUAAAGAGACGGCCUAGAUAUGAAAUAUAUUAGAUAUGCUACGUGAGAGGAGACGUCAUGCAAAUUUUAAACCAAAUAGAAGAUUGGACAGAAAAUCUUCACGUGGCAUGAUAUAUGAAAAUGAAGAAUUAAGGCUAAGAACAAUUAAUAUAAAUGCAGAAGUGGAAAGAGGACAAAACGAUAUUAGAAAAUUACGUAGAGAAAAUGAACAGUUGAAACGCGAAAUAUGGAAUUUACGUGAUGAAUAUGAUAAAUUACAUCAAUUUUUGAAUACAAAUCGUAAUAGUAGUGAAAAUUUAGGCGAUAAAAAUUUAAAUAGUGGAAGUCAAUCGGAGGAUUCCUGUGAUACAUGCCAUGAAAUUGAUUCAGCAAAUGAAAAAUUUAAAGACAUUUAUUAUUAUAAUGGAACAAAAACUGUACCACCAACAAAUGUAUCAUCUUCGAAUGAAAGCGGUAAUAGUUUAAUAGUUACUUCUUCACCACUACCAAUACGUAGACGUUCAAUAUUACCAAUAACAACAUCAUCAAUAACGACUACAGAUGCAAUAACAACAGCUUUAUCAUCAUUAAUAACAUAUACAACAACACCAGCAACAGCGAUAUCAUCAAAUUUAGAUUUUUAUUCAACAAUAUAUAAUUCAUCAGAAAAUAUUCAGCAACAAUUAUUACAACAACAACAAAAAAUACAAUUAUCAACAUUUCACGAACAAAGACCUCCACAUUUUCAAUUACAUCAACAACAACAGCAAUCAUCGCAACAACAAAAUGAUAUAGAUAAUAAUUUUUAUCAGAUGAAUUUUGAUCAUUUAUCAAUAGUUUCCGAAGAAAAUUUAACAAAUAGUGAUGGCAGUAAUAUAUCUAUACAUCAUCAGAAAAAUGAUAAUUAUAAUGAUAUUGAGCAACAACAGCAAAUAAACUCGAAAAUAUUAUCAACACAAUUUGAACAUAAUAACACAAGUUUAAUACGUGGUACAACAUUGCCCCAAUUAAUAUCAACCACACCAAUUUCAUUAUUACCAUCAUCAUCAUUAUUAUUAAUGAAAGAUAAUAAUGAAAUUAAUAAAAAACUUGAUUUGAAUUGUUGUUAUACAACACUAAUAAAAUCACCAACAAGAACAGGGAUAAUAACAGAAGAAAAAACAAUAGAUUUAGAAAAUACAACAACAGCCGUAAUAUCAACUGAUACAGCAACAACAACAACAAUAACAACAAUUAUUCCACCUUUAUCACAUUUUGAAAAUAUAUGUGAUGAGAAAUUUGGACUAACUAUUGAUACAAACCGUGUAACAUGUAAACAUAAUCUAUCAUCAUCUACAAUUAAUAAUGAUCAUCAAUAUUUAUUCAAUGAACAUUACAAACACAAUAAUAAUAAUGAGAAUAGUAAAAAUGAUAAUAAAUUAGAAAUAAAAAGUCCUAAACAUUUUUUCUCACCGAUUACAACAACAAAAUUAAAUUCCGAAAUUGUUGCAAUAAAGACAUUACCACCACAUAAACCAAAUUUAGUAUUAUCAAAAAAUUUUCAAUCAUUGAAUCCUGUAUCAGUGGAAGUAUCAUCAUCCCCAUUAUCCUCAUCGUCACCAUUAUCACAACCACAAUCAUUACCUUUAUCAAUACCAAUAACUUUAAAACAAACACAACCACCUUCAUCAACUUCAACAUUUUCAAUAUUACCAUCAUUAUCAUCAUCAUUACAAUCAUUACAAUCUCAACCAACAUCAUCAGCAACAUCAUCAGCGAUCUCUCAAAUAAAUACUGGACCACCAGAUAUAUGUGUAGCAAACGUACUGGGAGGAAAUCAUAACAAUGAAAUUUUACAAAUUAACGCAAUAUCAAAAUGUGAUGAUAAUUUAUUUCAGGAUGGUGGAAAUUUAGAAGAAUUAUUGCUUGAUAUACAAAAUCUAUCAACAGAUGCAAGAAUAAAUGACAAUAUAAAGCAGGAGCAGCAACAACAAAAGAAACAGUUAAAAACUUUUAUUGGAAAUCGUAAUAAUAGUAAUGAUAAUGUUAAUGACAAUUUAUAUGUAAUUAAUGAUAAUAAUUAUGAACAACAACAACAGCCGCAGCAUGAUGUGAAUAAAAUUUUACCAUAUCAUCGUUCCGAAAUAAAUUUAGUAUUAAAUUAUAAUAAAACAAAUUGUAUAAAUACAAUUAAAAAUAAAGAUAACAAUUAUGAAAAUGAUAAUAAUAAGAAUAAUGAAAGUAAUAUUAAUUUACAAAAUAAUGACAAUAAUAUAAUAAUAAUGGAAGAAAAUAAUGAAGAAAUUAUUCAUAGUAAUAAUAAUAAUAAUAAUAAUAAUAAUAACGAUAAAAAUAAUAAUAAUAAUUAUAACAAUAAUAAUUCAAAUACUAAUAACAAAUUAAAACAACAGUUAGAUCAAUUUAACAAUAUAUUAUAUAAGAACUAUAGUAAUGACAAAAUAAGCCCUGAUUUUAGUUCUGGUACAGAAACAUUACCAAAACCAAUGACAUUAUUACCACCGCAAUUACCAUAUUUAGGUUUCGAAAAUAUUAUAUUACCAUCAAUAUCCAAUUCAAUAUUACCAAUUGAUACAACAAUAGCAACAACAAUAACCGAACCAUCAAUUACUACAACAACAACGACAACAACUAAUUCAAAUUCAAAAUUAAUUAAUUGUUCAACUAUACCGACAGUAAUUCCAGUUUUGCAACAUCAAAAAAAAAGUCCGCAGAAACCGGAAAAUGUAAUAAUUGGACAAGAAGUAUUUCCAGAAGCUCAACCAAAGAAUAUUAGUCCAAUUGUAACAAAUACUACAGUUAUAACACCAACAGGAGCUACAACAGCAUCAACAGCUAACAUUCAUACAGAAAUAUCAAACAGAAAUAAUAUUGCAACUAUUUCAAAAUUAUCGGAAACUAAUUAUGAAAGUUCAUCGGGUUCAGAUAAAAGUAGUAUAAGAAAAUUUCGACCUGUGUCAAUUUUAAAUUCAUACGACAAAAAUAAUGAUCGUGAUAAAAAUAAAUCGAUCUAUAAUAUGAAAAAUGAGUUUAAGAAAGAUGAUAUUGAAUUUUCACAAUCGGAAGACAAUUUAAUAGCAAUGAAUAAAAAAUUAUUAGAGGCGAAUCAAAAUUUUAGUUCAUCAACAAAUGAUUUAUUUAGAGUAACAGGAAAUAUGGUUGAAAUUCAAAAACAAAAAUCUCAUCUAGAAUUAUUUGAUGCAGCAAAUUCAAUAAUAUUAAAUAAUGAAUGCCAGCAACAAAUACAUAGUACACCAAAUUCACCACAUUCCGUUGGAAAACGUUUCAGUAACAAUAAGCACUUUAAUCAUUAUCAUCAAAAUAAUCAUAAUAUUAAACGUGGAAGUAACAGUAAUCAUUAUUAUAACCAAAAUAAUCGCAAAUUAAGUAAUGAAUCAUCACGUAGCACAUCGGGUAUAAGUUUAUCAACUGGUGGUGUCAUUGGUGGUCAGAAUAGUGAUAUUAAUGAUAAUGAUGGUACAACACAAACGGCAAAACGAUCAUUAUUGUCAAAUAAUAAUAAUAAUAAUGAUAAUAGUAAAACAUCAAGACGUCAUUCCGAAGGUACUAUUAUAUCAGGACAUCAACAUAAUCAACAUCAUCAUCAUCAUCGUCAUCAUCGUCAUAAUCAUCAACAACAGCAGCAACAACAACAACAGCAAAAUAUUAAUAGUAAUGCAUCAAAUAAUUUAAAAUCAAAUCGAGCUUAUUAUAUAAAUCAUCAUAAAAACAGCUCAUCAAUAAGUGUUAAUAAUUAUGGUGAUAGUCAUAAUGACUUAAUUAAUGGUGUUAACAGAAUUGUCGGUAUUAGUGGUGGUAUAUCAACAUCAGAACGUAAUAGCAAUAACAGUUUAGCGUCAUCACAUGAAUCUUCAGCUAGUUUUAAUUUAAAUGUAACAAGAAGAAAAAUGUCAAAUGUUUCACAUAAUGGUGGAGGUAAAAUUCCAUGGUGUGGCUGUUGGGGUAAUGGCUGUUUAUAAUACGUUAAACAUAUAUAAAUACAUAUAUAUAUAUAUACAUACAUAUAUUAUAAUAGAGUACAUGAUUAUAGUGUGUACUAUAAACUACCCAUUCACGCUUCAACAUUUUUAGUUAAUUUUGAAAUUAGGUCUAUACCAUAUUGAAUAACGUAAUGUUUAUUCUGUAUUUUUUGCCUUCGAAAUUCUGAUAAAUCUUUAGAGCUAAUUGAACUAAUUGAAUAUAAACAUGUAUUGAAAAUAUGUAUGUUCAAACCCUAAAAAGUUUGGUAAAAUGUUUAGUCGUGCAUGGGUAAUACUAGGAAUUUGUGUACGUGUUAAUUUGUAUUGUACUAAAAUAUUUAAAAUUAAUUAAAAGAAAGAA